GCUCCCGGCCGGACCUUCGGUACCGAGCCCGGCCGAGAGGGCAGCGCCCUGCCCGCGGCUCCGCCCCGCUGCAGCCCCAGGCGGCGGCCCCGGUACGGCCAAGGCCGAGCCCUUCGGGGGGCGCGGGGCCGGGAGUUGGGCGGGACGGGGCGUGAGGCCUCCCCCUGCCCCAGGGACCCCCCUGGGCCCCGGCCCCGGCGCCGUCGACGAGCUCGGCACGAGACCCUCUGUACACACUGUGAAGUGAGAAGGAGCCUCCAAAGUCAAAUGUCCACGCUCACCUUGGUGAUAGACUGGUGAAGGCACUGAUACUCUGAAGCAUGGCUACUGGACUGAUUCACUUUCCAGCCUGCAGUUUGUGUUUCAAGGGUGAAGAUCCAGUGCCUGCAUAUAUUGGUCAAAGAUGGAGGGCUCAGCAGCGCCUGGAGGCUCUUCAGCAGCUCGCUGUAGGUCAGUCUUCUCUUCAGAUACCUCAGGUUGUGUAUGAAGAUCCUGAAGUUGAUGGAAGGAAUCGCUACAAAUACUUUGCACGACCUCUCAGCUCUUCUAAGAUGCUUCCAGAAGUUGUUCCAGAAGCUGAUAGAAAGACAGCUGUUGCUGAUACAAAGACAGAGACAGAGCCAUAUGUCCUGUCAGCUGCAGGAGACAGCCAGGUCUUUGGCCCCAUGUUCCAAACUCUGGGGACACAGACAGAUUACAGGGAUGGUGAAGCACAGACAGAUCCCUAUUCCCCUGAAUAUAUAGUUCGCAGUGGCUCAGUCCCUGAAAUUCUGACACUUGCUACACUCACUUGGGGUCGGGGACUGCCAGCAGGACAAGCUGAGAUGGAGAUUAUUGAUCGCAUCCGGGAAAAGCGUGCUUGGGAAGCAGCUCUGCCACCCAUGGACAGUCCCUCAAACAUUGCAAAGAGGUUGAAGAUGAUGGAGGCUAUGGAAAGGAAGGAGUGGGCCUAUAGAGAAGAGGAAAUAGAUAAGUUGCAGAAGGUUCAAAUGGAAGUCUUUAAGAAGCUGCUACAGAGGCGAGAGGAGAAUCGGAAUGAGCUGAAUGCCAUGUGCUUGAACAACCACUGGCAAAAUCAUCAGAAGGCUAAAGAAGAGAAAAUAAGAAAGAUUCAGCAUGACUGUGCAUUGAUGCUCAGGAAACUGAUAGCUAAGAGGAAGAAUUGGAUGGGAAAGCUGGAGAGACGAGAUAUCAUCAGAGAGUAUAAUGACUUUUCAUCACAAACAUACGCUCCUUUGUCUCGAAUUGGUUUUUUCCCAGACAGCAAUUCUGACUACUAUGCGGUAAAAAACUACUAUCUUAACACCUUUGCAGGAUUGUGUGAACUGGAAAAAUCUGUCCAGCCUUCUGUCUUCCCGCUCAAGAUUAAAGCUCCAAAACCUAAAUGCAUUAUCACUAAGACUGGCUAUAUUAAAAGGUCGGGAAGACUAGAGGUAGUCGUGGCACAAGUUCACCAGGCAUUGCUGGAGAAGAAGAAUAAAGCCAAGGAGCCAAAGAAGUCUCCCCCUGUCUGUGAAAAAGUAGAAAGCCCUGUUCCUAAGCCACCCACUCUAAUCCUGGAAAAAGCAUCAAUUGAGGAAGAGGAAAUAGACCUGGCAGCGAUCUGUCUGCAGAAGUUGCUCCGAGGCAGGGCUCUUCAGAACAUGAUAUUUGAAGGGAAGGAGAGGCACCUGGAUCUGAUCCAAGAGCUGCGCACCACUCACGCGCUCCAGGAGGAUGGACAGCUGCUCUUGAAGGCACAGAAGCAGAUGACACUGUCUUUACAGCGACAGCGUGACUCACAAAUGCAGCAGCUGUCAGCACUGGAAAGAGACUUGGCCACGGUAGAAGGAAGGGCACUGGCGAACAUGCUUGAUUUUCUGUCCAAAGAGCUGGUGAGGCUGCAAGAAGAACAGAAGAUCCAUGCUUUGCUCAUGCUGGCUGAGAGGCAGAGGCGGAUGCGGGAAGCAGAGGAGAGCGGACGGCGGCAGCUGGAGGAGAGCCGGCGGCAGGAGGAAGAUGAACUUUUCAGACAGGUGGUGGAUGUUCAGGACAGAACUAUUGACACCUACUUGGAAGAUGUUAUCCUGAGUAGCACGGAGAGGACAGCUGAAGAGCAAGCCAGGGAAGAGAUUCAGAAAAGGGCUGUAGCAAUCAAUGACAUUGCUUACGAAAUGGAGAGUCGUCGAACUCGCCUACAGUCAGAAGAGAUUGUAGCAGAGCUGGUUUAUAAUUUCCUGAUCCCAGAAGCUGAGAAAAUCUUUAUGAGAGAAAGAGUGAGGCAGUCCCAAAGAAAACACAUCUACGCUGCUCAUCGGAUCAUCCACGGGGGCACAGAGAGGGCUCUGGCUGAUCUGGCACCGCAUCAGGAAGCAUCUGCCACCAAGAGAAAUGAGGAUUCUCCUGCUGGGACAGCCAGCACAGCUCUGAGUGGGACAGCUGCUGGACCAAGUGCAGCUGACAGCACUCACCCUGCCACAGUUGCACGUGAACUUGCACAAGGCUUCCACAAGGAUCCCGCAGCCUCCUAGGACAGAAGAUGAGUGAGGUGGGUUUCUCUUCCCCUCUGUGAUUUGAGUUCAGAGCAUGGUGAGGGAAAGGGAAGCACAUUGUAUUUACUUUUUCAGGGCACCCUGAAUGGAAAACCCUCUCUCUCCUUUGGGCUGUCCCUCCUGCUUCCUGCCAGCAGUGUUGUCCUGGAAUCAUUCUGUAUACAUUCUGGUGUGGCAGCUCCCUCCACUCCCUCUCCAACUUGCUUUGGACUUCAUUAUCUAUUUUUUUCUUGUUCUGAUUAUUUAGAGAAGCUUUAGUGAGAAAGCAGUGUUAGCAUUCCUUGUUUGUUUUCCUGGCACAGACCAAUAAAAAUCUGCACCUGGGCUUUUA